UGGGCGGUCGCGGCGGUGGGCGGGAGCCGCACCUGACACGCGCGGUGCUCAGUCUGCGCGCGCGUCUCCCACCGUGGACAUCGCGCGCUCGUUUCGCAUCGCGCUACCAUGCCUCUGUUUUCUGAACACAUCUCGAACAUGUAUUACAGCGGUUCGCCGUAUUAUACAAGUUCACCGUACGGUUAUAACAGUUCGGUUUUACCUCUCGGUAAUUCGUACAGUGCAUCAUAUUUGAACUCAGGUGGUAACUACAGCAACCAUUCCUCGCUCGGCAGUUAUUCCCGCACACCUUUAACUUCACGAUGGAUUUCCGGUGUUGGCAGAAAUUAUUCUCCUAUGCUCAGUACUAUUUCCGAAAGAUCGGCAGCGAGCCCUGCAAGAAUAAAUAGUCCUAGACGGAUUCCUAUUACAAAGAGAAGUUACGGUAGCUCUGGGUAUAUUACGCGUCCUAUCAAUAUAAAUACUGCGGAUAUUGAUGUGUCAAAAGAUAAGUAUAGAAAAAAACCUGAAAGUCCUGUUACAUCACUUCCACAGCGAAAGGAGAGUCCACGCAAUGAAAAAGAAAAAGAAAAUAGUCCAUUCAUGCCAAGAGUUGACGGUAAACCUGAAACCGGCAUUGAUUCGUCGCCAGGCGUGCCUCGAAGCACGAUAAAACGCGGUAGAACAGUUGUUAGACUGCAUACUAUAAGAAGGAAAGACAGGGACUCACCACGAAAACCAGCUCAGUCGACACAGAACAACGAUGUGGCAGAAAACUCUGAAAAGGCUUUUCAAAAAGAAACACAAGAUCCGAAAAGUGUACCCCAAGAGUCAACUAGUUGGCGAGAAAGGCUUUCAGAUGAUUUAGUUUUUAAGGACAAGAAAAUAAAAAAAACAUUAGGAACAAAGCUUGCAGAAAAAUUUAUGGUUAGAGAUAUAAAUAAAGAAGAUACUCCUGAAAAAGAACCUACAGAUAUACCAGCGGAGUCCGAGGUAUCUCAAAAUUUACCUGUGACUCCUCUACCUGGUCCAAGUAAGUCACCAGAUAGACGUUGCUCCAUGGAAAUAUUAGCGGAACAAGCACAGCUACUCGAUUCUUUAAUAAGAAAAGAAAAUCUUAGUAUAGCCCCAUUGGAUCUAAGCAAAGUUGGCAUUGAAAAUGAAUUGAAAAAUAACGUGGUAUCUUUUGGACCAAUUAAGAGGAGAAAAUCAAAUGAUAAACAUAAUCCUUUAAAAACAACUCAAUCUGAUCAUUCUUUGCAUGAGAGUCUUAAAUCAUUCAAUACACAAGAAGAUUAUAGUAAAAAUCUAUCAAAAAAACGUAGUUUAAAGAAAUCAUCUUCUGGGGGUAGUAUUUGUAGAUUAGAUUCCAUUACAGAAUUUCCAAAGGAGCCCCUGAAUAUUAAUUUACCUGCGAUUGACGAGACUAAAAUAGAGGCCCCAGUUGUGAAGUCAAAACCAAAAUUAAAAACAAAAAUAACUGCGUCCGUGGAAGUGUCACCUCCGAAAAGUCCUUUGAAAUUCAGAAUAGAUGAUGUUAUUGUAGAAGAAAAACCCCGUAUUUUAAAAAAAGAGAUUACAUUUAGUAGCGAGGUGCAUGAAUCACCGACGCUAGUUGCAGCUCCAUUGGAAAAUGUAACUCACAUUGAACCUAAAGAAGUUCAUAAGAGUAAGAAAAUACCGAAGAAAAAACUUCAAUCAGAACUGCCAUCUCCCGAACCGGAGGAUGGUAAUUUUUGGAACAAAAUAGGGAAAAGAGAAACUGUUUAUUUAAUGAAAAGGAAGCAACAUCUACAGGAGGCAAAAGAAAAACAUAAACGACCUUUCAUUUGGCUACCAGAAGAAGAAUCUUUAAAUGAAAAUGAAGCAGAAGAAGAUAAAGUUGAUAUACAAGAUGAUAGCAGUGCUGCAAAAACAUUACCCAUUAACGAUAACAUUAUUUUAAAAAAUGAGGGAAGUUCAACAACAAUGAGCACAGAAAUAAAAACGGCUGACCAAUGCAAUUUAAUACAGAAAAAUAUUGACACUGAUACUUUGAUUAAUAAGGAUAUUAAAACGUGUUCUUUAAAAGAGGAGGGUUCGUGUAAUAGUAAAACAAAAGAAAUAUCUACGAAAGUAGAUAGCCCAAAACAAUCUUCUGAAAAUAUGCAUGUUUUAAAAAAUAUACAGGUAAAGGAAAAAGAUCAUAAAGAAAAUGAUUUAAUAAAUAAAAAGUUAUAUGAGCCGCACGAAUCUAAAAAUACUGUAGUAAAUAAAGAAUUAAACAAGACAUCUCAAAAUGAAGAUAUAUUAAAGAAUAAGACUUUGUUACAAAAUGAGCAGGAAAAAGUUAUGGAAAAUAAAGAAAAUUCGCAAAAAAUUGUAUUGGAAGACAAGUUCAUAAAGGACUUACCUGAAAAAGAUCUUGCUUUGAAACAUAAUCAAUUAAUAGAGUUUAGUCAAGAAGACAAUGGCUUAAAAAAUACAGAUACGAAUGAAUUAUCUUAUAAAAGAGACGAAAUACCGCCAGUAUGUUCUUUUACCGACACAUCUGUUAUUUCAAAUCCAUGCAUUUUCGAACAAGAAUCUGAAAAUGAAACGAGUUUAAAAAACCAAAACCCAGUUAAAGAACAAUAUCAUAGUGAAACUAAAAACAUAUACACUGAAAGUCAUGAGAACGAAAACCAUGCUGUAAAAGCUACCAUUGGAAACGAUGCUGAUAGCAUAGGCAAAUUGAUACAAAAUGAUAAGACUGAAGUUAAAGAAAAACAGAAAUCUUUGAGUCCGAAGGAGGUAAAAACCAAGCCGACUCCGACGAAAAUAAAAAGUUCCAAGAAAAAGGAUUCUUCUAAAAAAUCAUCGUCAAACAAAAUGUGUGAGAAGAAAAGCAUUACAGUUAGCCUAGAGAAUUCAACGAAAAUAUCAGAAAUGAAUACGGAUAAUAUUGAAGUAAAAGUAAUCGAUUCUAAAAUUAAUGAGCAAGAUGGCAUAGUAGGAAAUAAACAAAAUACUCCUCUUAGUAAAACAGAACAAGACAUAAAGCCGAGCGCAAACAGUGAAAAGGAUAAUACCAAGUUAGAUUUGGAAAAAGUUCAAACAUCUUUGUUAUCAGACAAUGAUUUAAAAAAUACAAUGCAAGAACAGAAGGAAUUGCCAGAGAGUAAUUUAGAAGAAAUAACUGGUUCCGAAGCCAACAGUUCAAAUGACGCCAGUGUUUCAAUUUCUAGUGGUAUUCCUGAAAUACAAACAGUUAUAGGGUCUGAAAACAUUCCAAUAAACGAAGAUAUAAACAAAUCAGAUCGUAAAGUGCAAGAAGAGAAGAAAGCAGAAAAUAAUGUUAACGCAGAAACUACAAUGAAAAAAGACGAAGAAGAAGCUGAUAGACCUACUGUUAAAACUGUGGUAAAAUUACCUGAACCUCCUAACGCAAAGAAACCUGUUAAACAAGAAGCGGCUUUAAGGCCUCUAAUAGCGACUCCUCGCCCACUCCAAAAGCGAGCACCUCAAGUGAUACAUUCCUCAGAAUCAUCUGACUCAUCAAGUGAAGAUGAAACUUCUGAUGAAGAGCAUGACGAAUGCGAUGCAAGCGAAGAUUCAGAAGAAUUCUUCGAGUGUGAAGCUAAUCCUGAUGGUCGGACUUCCACCGGCUCUAACGACUCGGGAUUCGAUUCUUCUGCACCAACUUCGCCUGCAGGGUUUCAGCAAAUUAGAAAAGACUGUGAUGUAAACUGCCAUCGGAAAUGUGAAAAAUUGACAGCAAAUUUAUGCGGUGUGAACCAGCGGCUCCUAGUAGAAGCUUUAGCCACUCGCACUGCCUCUAAAAAAGGUGCAGAUGUUCCUGGGACCUCAACGAGCGUUGCUGUCCACAACAAUAACUCAACAGACAUCUUAGAACAGGAGCUUGAACAGUCUACAGCUUACGGCAUCUUCCGUAAGACUGGGCGGUUUACUCCUCCGGCGCGGUCGAUACCACGCUUCAGAAAAUAUACCAUUGAAGAUUUUCAUUUCAUCAAAGUUUUGGGCAAAGGCAGCUUUGGAAAGGUGUUGUUGGCCGAGCUACGUGACACAGAAUAUUAUUACGCCGUGAAAUGUCUGAAAAAGGAUGUGGUAUUGGAGGAUGACGACGUUGAAUGCACUCUGAUUGAGAGAAAAGUUCUGGCACUUGGCACCAAUCAUCCCUAUCUUUGUCAUCUUUUCGCCACGUUCCAGACUGAUUCCCAUUUGUUCUUCGUAAUGGAAUACCUGAACGGUGGCGAUCUGAUGUUCCACAUUCAACAAAGUGGCAGAUUUCCUGAGGCACGGGCUAGGUUCUAUGCAGCUGAAAUCGUGUCGGGAUUAAAGUUCUUGCAUAAAAGGGGUAUCAUUUAUAGGGAUCUAAAAUUGGACAACAUUCUAUUGGACUUCGAUGGUCAUGUGCGCAUAGCCGACUUCGGAAUGUGCAAAUUACAAAUAUAUUUGGAUAAAACAGCGGACACAUUUUGCGGAACGCCAGAUUACAUGGCGCCAGAGAUAAUUAAAGGAUUGAAAUACAACCAGACCGUGGACUGGUGGUCGUUCGGCGUCCUUCUGUACGAAAUGUUGAUCGGGCAGAGUCCGUUUAGCGGCUGCGACGAAGACGAACUGUUCUGGUCUAUCUGUAAUGAGAUGCCAUCUUACCCGCGCUUCCUCUCGCAAGAGGCGCUCACCAUACUUACAAGAUUAUUGGAUAAAGACGCGCGGUCGCGGCUGGGCGGCACGGAGUGCAUGCACGGCGACAUCAGGGAGCAAGCGUUCUUCCAGUCGAUCCACUGGGACCGGCUCGAGAGACGAGAUCUGGAGGCGCCAUUCAGGCCUCGCGUGAGGCACCCGCUAGACACGCAGUAUUUCGACCGAGCGUUCACAGGCGAACGUCCUCGUCUCACGGCAGUCGAGCCACACGUCCUGCGCUCCAUGGACCAGGAGCCGUUCCGAGGAUUCUCGUACACCAAUCCCAAUGCCACGGAUCGCUAGAAUCGACUCUAAGGCAACUUUGGUUCAAAUUCUUCAGCGUUUUGGCGCUACGAAUCUGUCUAGGAAGGAGAAUUGAAGAAACGAUCAGAUGCGUGCAUGUGUCUGUUAUGUGUUUAGUAGACGGAGGUAAUUGAAAAUGAGGAAAAUAGAUAAACCAAUGUAGUAUGCAAUGUGAAGGUUAUUAACAUUGUAGUAACUUGGUUGUUCAAAAAAAAAGUUUGUAUAUGCUAAAUGCAUUAGUUAUGUUGACGGUUAGAUAGUAAGUUUAUGUGUCUGGUACACAUUAUAUAUAGUAGGUAUCUAAGAUGUAAAAUAUAACUUCUUAUUUCUACAAGCUUAUUAAUACCUACCUAGUUUGUAAUGUAGUCGGUCUGCAACAAGACGCUCUGGUAGCGUUAGAACUUUCAUAAUAAUAUACUUAGCAGUUACGUAAUGUAAGAUUAGCUUCUAUAGUCUUUACAUUACAUAAGUAAGUGUUUCAUAAAUACUUUCACAUGUUACAUACAAUUUGUUAGGUCUCUUAUAUUGGCAGUUAUUUUUUGCGCUUAUCGCAUUGCCAAUGACGUAUCUCAUUAAUAUAAAUUAGUGAUUUUUAGGUAUGUAUGUUUAUUGUAUUAAUGUUUGUUUUACUAUACCCAUUUUUUUGGUAAAUAAACCUUUAUACAGCUGCUUUUAUCAGCGUAUUGUCUAAUAAUUUGUUAAUACAUAUCCAAAAUAAGUUCAAAGUAGUUAAUUCGAUUGUAAAUCGUUUGUAAUAUACUUACUUAAAUAAAAAAAUUAUAAUAUGA